AUGAGAGAGCGUGGCAAACCCGUGAAGAGCCAAUGGAGGAGUGGAAUGAAGUGGAGUCCCGCCGUGUUUGGGCGCCACCGAUGCCUAAACGAACUCGACGUAAGCAAGGAAAUGGAGACACUAACUCUCCCCGGUUCCAGAUCAUUGUCAGCCUGUCUGCAGUUCCGUCUACUUCGACCUCCAAACGGCGUCGGCUUGCUCCACUGCGCCCUUCAACAGCCCGAACGUUGCCUCCUCCCCGCCGAGCUGGCCACCUCCGCCGGUUGCCAGGUCGCGACUGUUGCUCCGGCGGUAGUCUUGUCAACUGUGCUCGUCACCGCUCCGGCUCCGGGACGCCUGUUCUAUCCACCCACAUGCCAAUCCCCCUCCGCUCCCUCCCACCCUCAGCACACCAACACCUCUUUAGGCCGGUCUGGCGCCGCACAGAUCCACGAGUCUGCAGGUCCUCGCCUUGCCCUCUCUACCGGAAGCACUCAUCUGCCACAUGCCCACACGCCGUCGUCCACUUGGCAGUCCUCCUCCGCCACCUUUUCUCGCCAUGGCUUUCUCGCCUCGUCUCCCGCUUUGGCCGCUCCCUUUGCUCGUCUCCCAGACUCGGCGGAGUCUCAGAAUUGCCGCUCUGAUUGGUCACUCUUCCCACCAUACACAAAGCACACACACCCGCCCACCCCGUCGGCG